AUUUUGAAACCUGAUGAAUCGUUUACCUUGGUCGCUGACUUCACCACACAAAUGGACAGUUCGGUCGCUAAUCCUUCUGUGUGGGACACACAAAAAGUGUAUAAACACCACGAGCAACGAAAUGUUGCCCAAACACGCCCAAAAUACAGAGAGGGAAGGCGCCUCAAAGCUGUUAAGGUAUAUACCAUCAACUUGGAGUCUCGGUUCCUGUUAGUUCAAGGAGUGCCCGCUAUUGGAGUGAUGCCAGAGCUGGUGCAGCUCUUUGCUCUCUAUGGAGUGAUCGAGGAGUACAGGGCGCUGGAUGAAUACCCAGCAGAGCAGUUCACUGAAGUCUACUUGUUUCAAUUCCAGAAACUGACGAGUGCAAGGGUAGCUAAACGGCACACUGAUGAAAAGAGCUUCUUUGGGGGUCAGUUGCACGUCUGCUAUGCCCCUGAGUAUGAAACUGUGGAAGAGACGAGACAAAAGUUACAGGACAGGAGAAGAUAUGUUAACAGAGCAAGCCAAAAUACAGCAAAACAACACGAUCGGCAAUUAGAAGAAAGCACUGAGUCAUCAAGCACGGACACACAAACAGCUGCAGCACCUGAGAUCCAGAAAGGCUCUGAAAAGGCCAGAAUGGAGAAUGUGAACUCUGACAACAUGGGCUUUCCUGUGCUGCCAUUGCUACCAGCGGAGGAUGUUUCUUAUAGACUUCACGGUUUUGCACAGCCAUUACAGUUGCAGUGGACCACUGAUACAUUAACUAGAGAGGAUAAGAUGGGCUCUCUACAUAAUGCCAUCCCUCCCGUCACAGAAACUUCAAAGCAGUGUGCAUCCUCUGCAUCUUAUAAAAAAGAGAGAGAUUUGAUUGAAAGGCAGAAGAACCUGUCACCAUCUGUUAGAUUUAUGCCAAGGACUACACAUUUAGAAAGUAGAAAAAGAAAGUUGGAGGGACAAGCGUUCUUUUUGAAUGAAGCAGCUGAAACUGAGACUCUGAUUGGUCCUAAAUUACCAGAGGGGCCCAAGGUAGACAUGGAGGAUCAUUCAUUAAAUGUAACCGCCAAUUUGAUCCGUCAAACAAUGAGCAAGGUUACAUCUGUUCCAGAGAUCAAACCUGCACAAGUGAAGACCCCUACAGCAAAGCCACGCAGAAGAAUUUAAUAAGACAAUCAUGGUCUCACAUUGAGCAAUAUUUUAGAUAUUUAUUUCAGUUUCAGCCACAAAUAUUGUUUAACUAUCUUUUCUCUAAUUUUUUUUCCAUAAAAAAUUGAGUGGUUCUUUUCAAUGUCCGUGUGGUUCCUGGAACGCAUGUUGCUCGAAUGCCAGUAUGCUCAGCCAAACAAAUAAAAAGAACAAUUUAAGAGCCUGUCCUUUAAAAUUACAAUAAAUUUUACAUGCACAAAU